AUGACUCACGCUCCGUACCUGCUGGAUCACCUCGAUUAUCGAUAUUGCCAGGUAUUCGGUGACUGUUGUGAUCCUCUCUCUAUUCCUAGAACGGAUUACAUAUCGUCCUUAGCAUUUAGCAACUCUGGAGACCACAUAGCCGUCGGUGAUUGCGGUGGAAGAAUCGUUAUUUUUCGGUGCGUAAAUCCAGGUGCACCUCCUAAGCGGACGCGAACUGGGACCCUCCACCCGUCUAUCGAAUAUGAUUUUAUGUUAGAGUUCCAGUCUCACGUGGCAGAAUACGAUUAUAUGCGCAGUCUGGACGUGCAGGCUAGGAUAACAUCUAUAAACUUCUUAACUCCCCUAUCUCAGCACAUGUACUUCCUCUCCGCUAACGACAAGGACAUUAAGUUGUGGCGAAUUAGAGAUACUGUUGGAACAGCCAGUCUAGGAAGUGACACCUAUACAUGGGGAAGCUUUAACAAGGACAAGGACAUUACCAGCGUAGAUGAUUUGGUGUUCCCUACUAAAGUGCCCAAGACUCACUUGGCACACCCUCCGGCACUAGCAGGCGGCUCACCAUCCAGUUCUGUCUCAGAAAGUGUGCCAGAGCGACCGCCAGCCAGGUACAUAGAUCGCCCUGUUGAAGAAGAGUCUGUGUCUAGAGCCCCUACAAAGCCAAUACCAGGUUUAGAAACCCGGACAGGUGCACAUGCAGAUGACCUCUUUCUGGACAGGUACCCAGAUAAUAUUGCUGCCAGUCCAACGGAGCCUGUAACGUCGACGGUCUCCAUCGCGGUAAGAAAGAACUUCACCCAUGCUUCGAAUUACCACAUCAAUAGUGUCUGCAUGGGACCCGGUUCGGAGCAGUUUAUUUCCUCCGACGACCUCACAAUAACUCAGUGGUGGGUAGAGGACAACACUGUUGCUCAUAUGCUGGUCGAUUUACGGCCGCAUAACCUUUCAGACAUAGUGGAGACCAUAUGCUCAGCAGACUUAGAUCCUACCACGAGCUCGCUAAUAGCAUUCGGAACCAAUUAUGGAAAGGUCAAACUUAUUGACCCCCGUAUGAAUGCAAUCUGCGAUACUUUCAGGCUUGUCAUGGCCAAGCCAAACCCCCUCCAAAUAGAAAGCGUCAAGUUCAUCUCUCCGACCACUGUUGCCGCCCGCGACCUAUUAGACUUGUGCAUCUAUGACAUACGGAAUCCCGGCCAACCCCUCUCCAUCUAUGCCAUAAAUGUCAACUUUCCUUCAGAGCUUGUGCAAAGCUUAUACUGUGAUCCCUUGACACUGUAUGACAGUUUCAACAUGGCUAUUGACCGGAAGAGCCAGUUUAUCGCCACGGGGAGCUACAACUCCUCCAUUCAAAUUUACAACCUACACGGAACCGCAAUGAGCUUUAAGGUCACCCGAGACGCAAUUAAGCAAAAGAGGCCGAAGGUUAGGUACCCUGGAUACUCUGUGGCCGCACGGCCCCUGCUGAACAAUGGCUGUUAUGACCUUAACUCCUUCGUUCCCGCGACCAAUUUGAAUAGAAUACUGGGUGUUCGGCACCUAGCCUAUCACCCGUGCGAUAACGUAUUGGCAGUUGCCACAAUAGGGCAUCUAUUCAUUUACGCUAGUGUAGAAGACCCUGAUGCAGGCUUCCGGGAUUUCUCCGAGUUCUGUAAAGAGUGUGGCGUGACAACGCCAGCUAAGUCUCAGGUCAAUUUGCCAUAG